AUGAAGAUCGUCCUCCUCUUAACCUCGUCUGGUUCUCACCUCCUCGCGGCGUUGUCGCCGAACGGUCUCACGCUGCUUGCUUUCAAAUCCUCCCUCUGGUGAUCCCUCCGCCAGCCUCGCCGGCUGGGAAGAGGGCGAUGGGGAUCCCUGCCGGUGGCCUGGAGUCUCCUACAACAAUGUCGCCGGCUUCGCCUACUCUCGCGUCGUCGUCCUCACCAUCUCCGCCAAGAAUCAAUGCGAGUUCCUCGGGUUUUCCUAUUUAACUGCCGUAAAUUCCUCAUCUUAUUCUCCCACACAGCUCAUAAGAUUGUCUCUUCGUUAUUCGUUUUUGUUAGUUCUGUGACCUUGCUGUUCUUUUAUUUCUGAAGACGAAUUCCUUGUGAUUGUGGGUUUAGGAUGGUAGAAGCUGCUGUUCAGUUUUCUCCCACAAAACCACCUGCCGCAGUGGGCGGGGGAAGCAAAGGAGCAGAAUACAGCUUCUAUUGCUACUACCGUGAAGGUGAGUUCAUCUUCACGCAUUAGAAAGAUAUUUAAUACGGCCGAUAGAGAGGUUCAGCCCUAGAUUUGUAAAUGAAAGGAAGCCAUCAUCUAGUAUAACAGAAAGAUUUAGAAGCGAAAAAUAGAGGCACAAUUUUUUAUUCAAAAGAAGAAUCUGAACUGUCUGUCGUUCCUGAGAAAAAUGUGGUUAAUGAAAUUGAAGAAAGCAAGGACAAAUUCUGGAAUGUAUCAUCUUCCUCUUAAAUUGGUCCACUUUCUUCUAAAACAUCGUCCCUGAAUUUAUUUAUAAUCUAUCUUUUGUUUCCUUCCCUGGCAUUGUCAUAGUUUGCCCCCCUUGGGACAGUUCUUGGUCUGUCUAUUGGCAUUAACUUGGGUCUCUGUGCCAUUAGAAACAUCCAGCUUAUAGAAUGAACCGUGCAGAUCAAAUUCUGGAUGUAUAGCAUGACACAUUUCUCUUCGGAUACUAUUAUCAUCGUCAGUUGCUCUGUUUUAUAAUGUACAUGGAUGGCAAAAGUCCACACAGCCUAACUUUAUAGAACUUGUGCCAAUUUUGAUUGCAUGGUAGUCCAUCGUAAAACCUUUUAAAAAUGAUAACUUUUCUAUUCAAGAAGUUGCCAAGCCUGAAGAAGUUGUUCCUAAACGGCUCGCUGAUCCCAGAUUGGCAUACCGAAGUUGCUAAGCCUGAAGAAGUUGCUCUAAAACGUCUCGCUGAUCCCAGAUUGGCUAUGGACAACAUCCAGCUCUUCUUCCCUUGAAAACUUAUCCUUGAUAGUGAAAGUGAGGAGGCCAGAACAAUCAAGUCCUGGCGGCGACCAGUGGCCCCUCAAUCUCCCUGAACUCGUACUUAUACGACACUGGUCUGGGUCAAGACUCGACUGCAGCGCUCUAGAUCCAUACCUGUAUCUAGGUCGCAGAUCCUACAAAGGGAACGAGAUGAUCUGCUCCCGCGGCGGGUUCCCGCAACUGGAGUCCCUCUUACUCAGCUUCACUAAACGAGUUAGAGAGGUGGGUAGCUGAGGCUGGGGGCCAUGCCCCGCCUGAGGAGAUUGACGAUCAAGAACUGCAGAAACUUGGCAAUGAUUCCGAAGGGUUUCAACACAUGGCUGCUUUGAAGGAACUCGCUUUGAUGUUUAUGUCCCAUGAACUCUGUUCUAGAACUCAAAAAGGAGAGAAAGGACUGGCCCAAAAUCCAACACAUACCUUCAAUCACCAGCUGACUCUAAUUGAAGUCAACAGAAAUUUGCAUGUUUAUUAUUUAGAGGGAAGAUUGUCCUUUGUCAUCAUUUAAUACUCCCCAAUAUCAUGCAUUGCAUACUUGCUAUAUUUUACUCCAUCAGAAAGGAAAUUUUCAUAAGAUUACUGAGAGAAACAACUCGAUAUCAUGCACCUAAUUAGGACCGAAGAAAUAUCCAUCUUUGCUAUUUUAUUCUUCAUAAAAUCAGGUCUCUUAGUGUUCGUAUCCACUUUUUGUGGGGGGGCCUCCACGUCCCACCACAAAAGAAGAAAAGAAAAAAAUAAAAUCUAACUCUCUGCCUAGAAUGUUUGACUUUGUCAUUGAUGCUUUUGAGUAGCACAAGAGCCUCGAAAACCUCCACCCCAGUGCUGUACUGCACCUGCUGCCCAACUUCUGCAUGAUGUCUCUCUACUGCACAUGCCAGAUAAUGGUGCCAUUCUAUAGAAUUUCUUCCGAAUGGCUGAAGAGGUUGGCUUGCGAUCAACGGUGACAAGGAAAAGGAAGCCAAUAAAUCCAUGGUUUUCAUUCCUUGACACUUGCUUCUGAAUUGGAUCGUCCAAUCUCAACAUGUUCUACCAAGUGGAUGUGGGUCAGCAGAUUUCACUAGUUAAAUGUUGAAUGUGUAAGGAGGAAAACGAGUUUUUGUUCCCUCAUGUCUCGCGCAAUGUAUCAUAAUUGUGGCAUUUGGGAAUGAGAUAAUCUAUUAUUGUCAGAGAAUGAUGCACGUAUAAGAGCUAAUUCCAUGAUUGCUAGUUGAUUAGGGCUAGGUUGGUUCUAUAUUCAUCUGUUAUCAGAACCUCAGAUCUUGAUCUUUUCGUCAUGUACACUGCGUUUCUAAUGUUUGUAUGACAUAACAUAACUAUUCGUGAUGGAGCAUGCUAAUGGAUUAUCUAACAUUGAAAAUAAUGGUUAAAUACAUGAGAAGAAAGUACUCAUUCCCAAUUAUUUUUGAGUUGUGAGGCCUGAUUUUUUCAUACUCUUAAAAUGGAGGAUUUAUAGUAUGAACGAUCCAGCAUAGUUUUUUCGCACAUUUAUUUUGGGAGUCUUACGUGUGCUACCUUUGGUCUUUGCAUUGGAUAAAUAGAAUGCAUCUUUGAUGCUUAUCAGACGAUAUCUGGCAUGUAUAGCACAUAGCCUGAUGUGCAGGCAGCAGUAAAAUAAGUGUUCUACCUUCAUAUGAAUGAUGUAAACAUGGGACAUGCAUAGAAUGCGUGUCGCUUUCGAAACCAGAAUUAUAUGCUACAACAUCAGUUAUAUAAACAUACUGUUGUUGAAUUACUCACGGUUAUACAGCGAGCUAACGAAUCGAUAUUGCUUGAUAGUGACAUUAUUAUAUAGUUCGUACUUUCGCUUUAUUCCUGAACUAGUGUUGGAAAUCAUACUAGUAAAGUUUUGAUGUCAAACUCGUGGCUCUGAAAGUCUGAGUAGCUGCCUGGAUCAGCCUAAGGUGGUCAAAUCUGAAUAGAUUUCUAGCUGUGUUUGCAUGGGGUCUAAUUUUGGUAACAUUUGAUGACGUGUAAUCCUUUUUUAGUGAUUGUUUCUUGAGACUGCUGCUAGUGACAGGUUUUUUUUUCCAUUUUGAACUUCUCAAUCUGUGAAGAAAAUCAUAGAGAUCAAUCGAUACAUGACUGGAGGCGCUGCAGAAUACCAAUUUUGGCACAGAAAUUUGGGCAUCAAAGGUACACCUACUGUUGUUAAUUACUCUUAUUAGCUUACUUUUUUGCGAGUGUUCAUUUAAUGCAUGACUAUUAUUCACGAAAAACUGAUUAUAUCAUGUUUCUAAAUUUCCUUGUGUUUUUCGUUAUGCUAUUCCUUUCAGUGUAGUCUGCAUGAACUAGCAAAGAAGCGAAGAAUUUCGGUGACAGGUGUCUCAAAGCUGUUGGACAUUAAUAUUCUGUAUCCCUACAAGCGGAUGGGACUUUCGCUAGGAACUAUGAUUGGUGGAUAGGAUGAAAUGGUAUAAUCGUUCGAGGGUGUUUCUAAUUCAUUUCACCCUCUUGCCUCUAUUUCUCACCAUUUGACCAUUUGCACCACAAGGAACAGGGCCGUGGUCCAUACUACAUUGAUGCCGAAGUAGCCAGGCUUAGAGGUGAUGGGUUUUCUGUUGGAUCAGGAUCAUCACACGCAUAUUAUUCAGUUGUAGUCAUGAUAAUUAAGGUUUUACAUAUUUUAAAUAACUGAUAUUACUCCUUGAAAUUGCUGUCAAAUAAAAGAUAAUCUUAAGCUAAUCCCUGUGAUGACAAAUGACCAUUACUUCAUUUAAGUGAGUUAGUUAACACUACACAAAAAAAUUGAUUUCAGUCUAGUUAAGUGAUACCAUGGAGAUAUAGUGGAAAUUGAAAAUUAUAUAUUUAAAACUAAAAGUCACUCUCAUGUCAAGAAAUUAUAUUGUUUAUCUUGCGCCUGCUCUUACUAGAGCUGAACCAGCUGUGUAAAAAUUUCUAGCUUAAGAAUACCUAACAACAAAAUAGCCUUGCAUUGAGAGGUUUUAUGUUUUUUUCCAUCAGAAGAUGUUAUUAAAGUAUUGGCCUUCCUAAAAACAUGUACGACCCAAAUUAGUUACGUAUUAUCAGCAACAAAUAACUUGCAUUGUUUCAGCGGACUUCACCAAUUCGGUAACGAGAUCGAGACCAUAAUGGCCAAAAUCGACGAAAUCAAUCGACGACGAAGCACCUACGGAAUCCAGGACCUGGGCGGAGAGCCGGGGAGGCAGAUCGACAACACAGUGCGGGAACGAAGGCGGGUCGUUCUCCAUGCCCCAGAUCCUGACCUUGUCUGUAUGGACGAGGAGAAGAACAGAAUCCUAGAAAAUCUGUUGGACGGGAGCAGGAAGAAGCGGUCGGUGAUCUCGAUUGUGGGGAUGGGCGGCCUCGGGAAGACCACUAUUGCUAAGAGAGUCUUCAACGAAGCAAGAGCCAAGUUCGGUCACCCGGUGUGGAUCGACGUCUCCCAGCAAUACUCCGCUGUGGAUCUCCUUGGAGACAUUCUUUCGGAGGUCACGAAGCUCAACGUAAAGAAACUCGAGCAAAUGACGAGGGCCGAGUAUGAAGCGAUGCUUUACCAGACCAUGGGGGCGAAGAAAUACUUGAUCGUCAUGGAUGACGUGUGGGAUACCGACGUUUGGAGAAUGCUCAAUCCGCAUCUCCCAGACGCCCAGAACGGAAGCCGGGUGCUCAUCACCAGCCUGUCCGUAGAAGUUGCCAGAUCUGCGGAUACAUGUACCCCUCCCUACGAGCUGCGAUUUCUAACCGAGUAGAGCUGGGAGCUCCUCUCCAAGAAAGCUUUCCCGAAAAAGGAGGAUAUCGAAGCAUUUGUAAUUUUUAUUUUCAGAUCAUCAAUAAUUUUCGGACAUCAAAUAAGGAGAGGCUACCUUGGAGACUUAGUAGAAAUUGAAAAGAAAUAUUAAAAGCUUAAAGUCACUCUCUCAUGUCAAGGUUCAAUCAUCAAUAAUUGCCGACAGUCUUCAAGUAGGAGCAUUUGAUGGGGACAGCUAACCAGCUCUCUUGACGAAAUUAUUUUCUAUUGGUUUCUUGAUAUGGUCAAGAUAUGGUGGCGUUGAAAAGAAGCGUUUGACCUUGUUGACCAAUUUGUUGGCACGUGGGGUGGGUGACAAGAUGUAUCAACGAUGGCCGACUUCCCACUCACCAAUUCCUCGAGUCAAUUCAGUUUUCAGUGUCUUGGAAUUUAUUUCUUAAAUUAGUGGGUACGAGAAAUCGUGUUUUCUCACAUUUUUUGGGAUUAUCUUCUGUUUUAGCCUAAACUCACGCUUUCGUUUUAUUCCCAGUAACAAAAUAAAACAUCAAGCUAUAUUUUUUUUUCUUAUUGUUCUUCGCUCUUACAUAGUUGAGAAGCCUGAUCGGAUAAGCAUUUCCAGAUCUGCCUGAGAAGAGGCGAAAGGCGGAGAGGGAUGGCGGACGCGGCUCUCGGCUACGUCGUGCAACGGGUCGGCGACCUCCUCAUCAAUGAAGCCGUCUUCCUGUACUCGGUGAAAGAUCAGGUGGAAUGGGUCAAGGAGGAGCUCCAGGCGAUGGAGUGCUUCCUGAAGGACGCCGACUCGAAGAGCAAGGGGGAUGAAAGGGUGAAGAACUGGGUGAGGCAAGUGAGGGAAAUCGCUUAUCGGGCGGAGGACCUUGUCGAGUCCUUCGUCCUCGAUGCCGAUGGGAGACGUCGGAGGAGGAAGGGCUUCAUCCGGACCAUUUUGUGUUGCCGCCUUCCGUCCCCCAACGGCAUCAUCCUACUCCACCAAUUCGGUGACGAGAUCGAGGCCAUACGGGCCAAAAUCGAUGAAAUCAAUCGACGAAGAGGUACCUACGGAAUCCAGGACGUGGGCGGAGAGCCGGGGAGGCAGAUCGACAACACAGUGCGGGAACGAAGGCGGGUCGUUCUCCAUGCGACAUAUGCUGAUCUGGUGGGCAUGGACGAGGAGAAGAACAGAAUCGUGGAACAUCUGUCGGACAAGAGCAAGAAGAAGAGGUCGGUGAUCUCGAUUGUGGGGAUGGGCGGCCUCGGGAAGACCACUCUUGCUAAGAGAGUCUUCAACGAAGCAAAAUCCAGGUUCAGUCACUCGGUUUGGAUCGAUGUCUCCCAGCAGUAUUCCGCUGAGGAUCUCCUUGGAGAGAUUCUUCUGCAGGUCAAGAAGACCAGAGAAGGGGAACUCGAGAAAAUGACGAGGCCCAAGCGCGAGGAAAUGCUUUACCAGACCUUGCUGGCGGAUAACUACUUGAUCGUCAUGGAUGACGUGUGGGACACCGACGUUUGGAAAAUCCUCAGUCCGCAUCUCCCAGACACCGAGAACGGAAGCCGGGUGCUCAUCACCACCCGGUCCGUCGAAGUUGCCAGAUCUGCGGAUACAUCUACCCCUCCCCUUAAGCUGGGAUUUCUAACCGAGGAGGAGAGCUGGGAGCUCCUCUCCAGGAAGGCGUUCCCGAAUCAGGAGGAUAUCGGAGUAGUCUGUUCAGAACCGUUGAGGGAUGUCGGGAAACAGAUUGCGAGGAAAUGUGGGGGCCUGCCUCUGGCGCUGGUGGUGCUCGGGGGUCUGCUGUCGACGAAAGGUCCGUCACUUCGGGCGUGGAGGAGGGUCGCGGAGACACUAGUGUGGGAAACCAGCAAAGAUGGCCGAGUGUGCUUGGAUAUACUGGCGCUGAGCUACGAGGACUUGCCCCGUCGCCUAAAGUGGUGUUUCCUUUAUUUCAGUUCUCUUCCAGAGGACUUCGAGAUUGAAGUCGACAAGCUGAUUGGAUUGUGGGUCGCGGAGGGGUUCGUCGAGCAAAGAGCAGGUGAAACACUGGAAGAAACUGCAGAGGAUUACCUGGGAGAGCUCGUCCAGAGGUGCAUGGUGAUGCGAGAUGUAUCUGAGCUACGAUGCCGGAUCCACGAUGUGCUGCACGAUUUUACUGUUGCAGAGGCCAAGGAGGUGGGGUUCCUCGUCUCUCACGGGAUUGGAGACGACCGUGGGGCCUCCCAACUGGAUUCCUCCGUGCGGCGGCUUUCUCUUCAAGGGGAAAAAGCGUGGUGCUGGGACUCGCAGUCCACUCCAAGACUGCGCACCUUGCUGACGUUGGGAGCCCGUCGCAAAUUCGGUAAAAAUAGAACCUUCCCCUUUCUACAUCUGAAACUGCUCAGAGUCGUCGAUCUGGGGAGGACACGAAUCGCCAAACUGCCAGAACAGGUUGGAGACCUGAUCCAUCUUCGAUACUUGGGCUUGAAAAAUACAAAGAUAACGAGUCUUCCGUGUUCAGUGGGGAAACUUCGUCAUCUACAGUGCUUGGACGCGGAGUGGACGGAAAUCAAAACGAUGCCCCGAGGUUUCUGGAAGAUCGAGGCCCUACGCCAGGUCAUCGUUCCCUUUCCAGUGGAGCCGGAGAUGCUGGUGGCAGGCCUAAGCAACUUGCAGGUGCUCAAGAAGGUCCGGGCCGGGAGGUGGAUAGAUAGCUGCCUAGGGAGCCUUACCAGUCUCCGGGAGCUGCAAAUAAGAGGCAUCAAAGACUGUCAUCAUCCCGCGCUGUCAUCUUGGCUACUGAAGUUGCCACGCCUGAAGAAGUUGGGCUUGCGAGGCGAGUCGAUUCCAGAUUGUCUGUGGACAUCGUCCAGCUUUUCUUCCCUUCAGGUCUUAUCCCUGACUGGGGAAGUGAGGAGGCCACCACAAGAAUCAAGUUCUGGCGGCGACCAGUGGCCCCCCAAUCUUACCCAACUCACACUAGAGUACGCCAGUCUGAGUCAGGACUCGAUUGCGGCGCUCGAGAAGCUCCCUGAACUUACAUAUCUGUAUCUAGGUGCUGGAUCCUACGAAGGGAACGAGAUGAUCUGCUCCCGCGGCGGGUUCCCGAAACUGGAGUUCCUCGAACUUUUUGCACUGAAGAAGUUAGAGAGGUGGGUAAUUGAGGCCGGGGCCAUGCCCCGCCUGAGGAGCUUGUGGAUCACCUACUGCAGAAAGUUGGCGAUGCUUCCGGAAGGGUUGCAACAGAUGGCUGCAUUGAAGGAGCUCGAUUUGACUGAUAUGUCCCCUGAAAUCCGUUCGAGAGCUCAAAAGGAGGGAGAGGACUGGCCCAAAAUCCAACACAUACCUUCAAUCACCAUUACAGUCAUAUCGAGUGACGGCGAGGUCGUAUACGAGCGUAUUUCGGAUUAAGGGCAGGAUUGUCCUUCGUAUCAUGUAAUAUCUGUAAACCUGCGAUAGCAUGGGAAAACCUGCCUUCUCCAUUUGUGCUUUGGGAGCAUUGUAUGAUGUCAACGAGGAUUGAACGUGUGUUCUCCAUUUGCUUCUGAAUUCGAUCAUCCAACCUCACUAUAUCUGCCUAGUUGAUGUGGGUCAACAACUUUCACUGUCAGGAAGAAACGAGUUUUUUUCCCCUCAUAAUUCGCGUAAUCUGUCCUGAUUGUUGGAUUUCGAGAUGAAAUAACUUAUCAUUGUUAGAGAAUGAUCCAUAUACUAUAAUAAAAGCCAAUUUCAUGAUUGGCAGUCCGUUUGAGUUGGAUUUGUUGGUUAUACAUCUGUUAACAUAAACCCAGAUUUUGAUAUUUUCGCUGUGUGCACUGGGUUUCUAAUGGUUGUAUGACAUAGCUACUCGUGAGGGAGCAUGUCGAGGAAUUAUCUCACAUUAAACAUGCCCAUUCCCAAUUAUUUUUAAGUUGUGGGUUUUACACUCCAUCAACAAUUAUUUCCUUGAACUAUGUACUGCUAUGUCAAUAAAUAAUAGAUCGAUAACAUUGGAGACAAUUCUUAUUCAAGAGAAAGUCAACAGAAAGAUUCGAUUCGGAUUUCGUACAGCCGGUGCUGCUGCUGCUGCCUGCGCGUAGGGCCUCCAGCUUGCUGAAGUUAUAUUGACUAGGAAUUUCCAUCUGCCAUGGUGUUGUGGGAGGGAGCUGCUGGCCUCACUCGCAUUAGGGCCAAGGGGAGUUGUCCGAUUGCCACGUGUGGAAAAACGGCCCGGUAAGAAUCGGAUACGACACUUGGCAAACGAGUGAUCAUCCUGCUCGUCGAUAGCUCGAUGGACAAGCACGAUUCUCAACAGUACUUGAAUGAAAGAAAACUCAGGGCUGGGCCAGGGACCGAAAAUUCUCAAGGCUCUAAUCAUCGCGCGAGCAAACUGCCCACACGAGGGGAGGAUUAGGGCCUGGUUUGUGGACGUAAUUAUAAACUAGCCUAUGCAUACAUGAGGCGGAGAUGGCGGGAUGAUGACAGGCUUUGAUCCGUGAUGGUAAGGCUCCCUACGCAGCUACCUAUCCAGCUCCCGGCCUGGACCUCCUUGAACACCUGCAAGUUUCUUAAGCCUGCCUGCUCCACCUGCCGUAAGGAAGCAGUGAGCCGAAUAUGGUGGAGGCAGGCUUAAGAAACUUGUAAAUGCUUGAUGGGUACCUAGGGUCGAUGGACAGAAGGUGGGGAAGGGAGGGAAGACGAUCACCACAGAAAGGAAGAAGGAUAGAGAUAGAAAAAGAAGAUUAAACAGAAAUAGGACGUAGAUUGGGCUCCGAAGAACAUUGAGUUGGUUGGGGGCGUUCGAGUGUUGCCCCGCUCUCCCUCAGCCACAGCUGCCCUUCCUAAAGUCCUCACUUGAAGGGUUUGUUUGGUCCUUCAAGAAGGGGUGCUGGGUCCUUUGGGCCUCUUUUCAAGGCUGAUAGUAAUUAGGCCCACUGGGCCUCAACUGUGUGCUCAAGGAGGUCCGGGCCGGUGCUUAUUUCAUGUUUACCUUCAAACAUCAGUUGGUUAAAACUGAUUUCUAUUCCAUUUCUAGCCCGCCCAGUGCUUGCAAGAGAAUCUCAUCAGAAUACUACUACUUUGAUAGGCAAGUAUUGUCUCAAUCCCCCCCCCACACAGCUCAUAAGAUUGUCUCUUGCUUAUUCGUUUUUGUUAGGUUUAUUGACCUUGUUCUUCUUUUAUUUAUAAAUAAGAGUUCCUUGUUCUUUCCUCGGGAUGGUAGAAGCUGCUCUUCUGUUUUGUCGCACGAAACCAUCUGGCGCAGUUGGCGGGGGAAGCAAAGGAGCAGAAUCCAGCUUCUAUUGCUACCGUGA